AAGCAAUGAGUGUUCGAACAUUUGCUGAUGAUUUAGUAAAGAAAUUCGUAAUUAACGAUAAUUCUGAUGAUACGGACGAUUCAGAGAAGCAAAAUGAGGUGUUACAGAUAAAUUUGGUACCUGGCACGCUGUACAUGAACAUGUCGGGCAUCAUAGGGAAAUAUGGCAAUCACUCAAGGCUUGAAAGCUUUUAUGUGGUGCUCAAGAACAAGGACGGCAUUGUGGGCGCAGAAGAGGUUAAGCGGGAGUAUGGAAAGGCGUUUGAUGUGUUCUUCAAGCUGAGAAUAGAGGAUAGCUGCGAGUUCAAGCUUAUUUUGUACCUGAAGUACAAAAAUAUGACAUUUGAUCAUCUGCAGAGCGGCAGUAUCAAGGCGUUUGAAAAGAAUCUGAAGAGAUACGGCGAAUGCACGAUUGACUGUGACAAGGAUGACAUUAAGAAAUGGCACAACGGUGUGCAUUUUGUAGACUAUGCCUUGAAGAGGCACAGCGAGCCCAACAUUAUCAAACGCUUUUUGGAGCUGUUUGAGCCCGACCCACCGGAGAUAUACGGGCUGAAAGCGCAUAUGAGCUACAUCGCAUUUGAGGAGCAACGGGCAAUACAGGCACGAACGAUCAACAGUCUGUCUGAUCUCAAGGAAUGGUUGCGGUUCAGACAAAACACCUACAAGAAGUUCUUCCACGGCUACAUAAAUCUAAAGGGCCACGGUCUUGAACACUGCACACAUCUGUGGAAAAGACGAUACAUUGAAUGGAACGGAUACAAAAUCCGCAUUUUCAACGUGUACACGAAUGAAAAGAUAGGCACUGUUGAUGUCUCGAACGCGAGUGUGCAGUGUGUGGACGUGGAACCGAAAAACUUUUUGAAGGAUAAUUUGAUGCGAAUAAAUGUUGAGAGCGGGUACAUGGAGGCACAUUUUGAUAGUGUUAAAAGCUAUGAACGGUGUUUGAGUGCGGCCAAGUUUGUCUUUGGACGUGUGCAUAGAUUGAAGAAUUGGUAAAGGUAAAUAAAGCAUUUGAAUCA